GACAUUUUAAAUAGAGAGAGGAAAAACAUCGCAGAAAGAGUGAGCUGAAAAAUGGGAGAGGAAAAGUAUUUACCACUGUUUGCAACAACCAGAGCUAAGGGAAGAGUCCUGUACAGAUUAUUUGCUGUGUCUGUUUUCAUUGGUAUAUGUUUGAUAUGCGUAUAUAGAGUGAGUCACAUACCAAAAGCUAGUGAAGAUGGAAGAUUUGGUUGGAUGUAUUUGUUCGCUGCCGAGUUAUGGUUCAGCUUUUACUGGUUCCUCACUCAAGCCACUCGGUGGAGCCGCGUCUACAGGCAAACCUUCAAGGAGAGGCUUUCUCUGAGAUAUGAGAAAGAGUUGCCGGGGGUGGACAUAUUCGUGUGCACAGCAGAUCCGAUCAUAGAGCCGCCGAUGAUGGUGAUGAACACUGUUUUGUCUGUCAUGGCUUACGACUACCCACCGGAGAAGUUCAGCGUGUAUCUCUCCGAUGAUGGCGGCUCAGAGUUAACGUACUAUGCUCUACUGGAAGCAGCUGAGUUUGCUAAGCACUGGAUACCAUAUUGCAAGAAGUACAGAGUGGAACCACGGUCGCCGGCUGCUUAUUUCGUCUCGACGGCUUCUGACGCAGCUGGUAAUAAUCGGAGUCACUAUCAGAAUCAGGCUGGUGAUUCGACUCAUAUUAAGAAAUUAUACGAGAACAUGGAGAACAAAGUUGAAAGUGCAGUCAAGCUAGGCCGCGUUUCCGAAGACGUACGAUCAAAACAUAAAGGUUUUUCUCGGUGGGACUCGUAUAUGUCAAAGCGAGACCAUGACACCAUUCUUCAAAUAGUAGUUGAUGGGAGAAACCCAAACGGAAGAGAUGUUGAAGGGUGUGUGUUGCCAACUUUGGUUUAUUUGGCACGGGAGAAGAGACCGCAAUACCACCAUAACUUCAAAGCUGGCGCUAUAAAUGCACUGAUUAGGAUUUCAUCGAGCAUUAGCAAUGGAAAAUUACUUCUGAAUGUAGACUGUGACAUGUACUCGAACAACUCCGUGGCUAUAAGGGAUGCACUUUGCUUCUUCAUGGAUGAAGAACAAGGCCAUGAAAUUGCAUACGUACAAUUCCCGCAGAAUUUCGUCAACUUUACUACAAAUGAGUUAUACGCAUCAGUAAGAGUAAUCAACGUUGAACUCCAUGGUCUGGAUAAUUAUGGGGGACCAAUGUAUAUUGGAACUGGAUGCUUUCACAGAAGGGAUACCCUUUGUGGAAGGAUAUUCACCAAGGGAUGUAAGAGUGAGAUGAAAUGGGAGGAUAACAAAGGAGAAGAAAUUGACGUUCAUGGAUUAGAAGAAACUUCAAAGAGUCUUGCAAGUUGUAUAUUUGAAGAGAACACUCAAUGGGGAAAAGAGAUGGGUUUGAAAUAUGGAUGUCCAGUCGAAGAUGUGAUAACGGGGCUAUCGAUCCAAUGCCGAGGCUGGAAAUCAGUGUAUUGCAAUCCUAAAAGGAAAGCUUUCUUAGGAUUAAAUUCAACAACACUGCUUCAGAUACUUUUGCAGCAUAAGAGAUGGUCCGAAGGUAACCUCCAGAUUAUGCUUUCAAAGUAUAGUCCUGUAUGGUACGGCCAUGGAAAGAUUAGUUUAGGUCUUCGACUUGGAUACCUUCGCUUCAACUUAUGGGCUGCUAAUUGCUGGGCAACACUAAUUUACUCCACUCUUCCUUCACUUUACCUCCUCAGAGGCACAUCCUUAUUUCCUCAGAUUUCAAGCCGAUGGAUCAUACCAUUUGCAUAUGUUAUAAUUGCUAGGAACAUUGGGAGCUUUGUGGAGUAUAUGUGGUGUGGAGGCACAAUGUUAGGUUGGUGGAACGACCAACGUAUAUGGUUUUAUCAGAGAAUAACUUCAUACCUAUUUGCCUUCAUCGACACCAUUGUACAUUACCUUGGAUACACUGAUUCCGCAUUUGUAAUAACAGCCAAGGUGGCCGAUGAAGACGUGUCGGAAAGAUAUGAGAAAGAGAUGAUGGAAUUUGGGGGCUCAUCUCCAAUGUUUACUGUUCUAGGAACUGUUGCAUUGCUCAAUCUGUCCUGCUUUGCCUGGUUUGUGAAGGCAGCAAUCACAAAGGGUAUUGCUGAAGUUUAUGAGACGAUGUGCUUGCAGAUCCUCAUAUGUGUGGUUUUGAUAAUCAUUAAUAAACCGCUGUACGAAGCCCUAUACCAGAGGAAGGACAAGGGCAAGCUGCCAAGCUCUGUAGCAUUUAAGUCGAUGGCAUUUGCUGGAUUUGCUUGUUUAUGUUUAGGUCGACGGCCGUGAUCUUCUACUACGGAUAGUUUCAUUCUAUUAUCCAUGUGUUUGGUUUCAUGUCAAAUUUAUAUGAAGGUACGACAGUCUUUUCAUUUGCAUGGUCUCCGGCUUAUAGAUUAGUGAGUUGUUGGUUUAUUAUCACUCUUUUUAAUUUGACUGAGCGGAUAUCAA